UCUCCCCACGGUGGCUGCGCACCCGCUACCAGUUUCAGGCACCGCCGCGAUGCCGCCAGGAGCUCGAGGAGAGCCAGAAGAUGAUGACGGUGGAGAGCCCACUAGAGUUCGAUCACGAGUGGAUCGGGAUCCGCCACCGCUCUUCACGGAGCCGACGGACGACUACAUGUACCGCCACUUCAGGAGAGACCUGCUGAUAUGGCAGGCCAACACCACGAUAGAGGAGAAGAAGAUCGGUGGAGUGGUUCUCAGGAACCUUCGAGGUCAGGCUCGGCUAGCGUGCGAGGAGAUCGUCGACGAAGCCCUCACGGGCGAGAGCGCGGUCGAGCUGAUCCUACAGGCCCUGGACAAUGCGUUUCAGUAUCUCAAGGAGGAAGAGGCUCCCGCGGCACUCGAGAAGGCUCUCUACACGUGUGUACGCGACCCCAAGAAGGAGAGGUUCACCACGUUUGUGAAUCGACGGAGGCUCGAGUUCAUCGCGCUCGAGAGGUUGAGGGUCGUCUUGCCGGACACGCUGAAGGGCUACACGACGCUACGUUUCGCAAGGCUGGACGAGCGGAGCUACGACAAGGUGAUCAGCUGGACGGACGGCACGUACAACUUCGAGAAGAUUGCGAAGGCGCUCAUCCGCCUCGGCCAGACCGCCGAGCAGGACUACCACGACCGAAUACAGGAUCCGUACUACCUGAACUCGGAGUGGCUCGACGGCGCCAUCGAGGAGCCGUGGGUUCUUCUGGACGUGCGCCCGGCGAUGAGCUACCCCGUAGAGUACAAGCAAGUACGCAACCAGCUGAACGAGGCUCGGAAGGCCAGAGGUUUCUUCAAGCCGAAGUGCAACGGCAAGACCGGCAAGGGCGACAAGGGAAAGAGCAAGGGCAAGGGCAAGUCACCACAGAGGCGACGGAUAUCAAUCGACCAGCUGAAGCUCAGGGCGAAGUGCGCAAAGUGCAAGCAAGUUGGUCAUUGGGCGCGAGAGUGCCCUCAGAAUCGACAGCAACGACCUGCCCUUGGAGCUUUCACGAUGCACAACGCGGCAGGCGGAGCCAACCAGCAGUUCAACAUCGACGAGCCGACGUCCUACACUCCAUCAGCAGGGAGCGCUGUGAGGUUCUUCAUCGGGAUGAUCUCCAUGUUCAUCGGGCUGGCCAUCAACGCGUGGGAGUUUCUCGUGGACACAGGCGCUCAGGAGGGUAUUAUCGGCAUCGAGCAGCUGAAGGGUCUGGCGAUCAAGCUGAAGGAGUUUGGUUUGCAACCUCGGUGGGUUCCAGACGAAGGACCUGCACCUCGUGGCAUCGAAGGCGACGCGAAAGUUGUUGGCCGCGUGGAGGUCCCAGUUGGCAUUGCAGGCAUGAACGGUAUAGUUUCAUUCCGUGUUCUUGAUGAGGAGGUGCCUGCUCUGCUACUUGUUGGUCUCACCAGGGCAAUGGAGAUGGAUCUCAAGCUGCGCGGAUCUGGCGACCAGGCGUUUUUCCACAAGUUCGGUGCUGGCACAAAGCUGCGCACCAUCGGACAGAAUGGCCACACGGCCAUCAGCAUUAUCGAGUUUGCGCCCGGAGGAUGGUGCGAGCCAG